AUGGUUGAGUUAUGUGAAUUAAAAUUAAUGCACCAUGAUAUGGAAUGGCCUCCUGACAUGGAUCAACAUAUUGCUAAUUUAGCUUUUGAAAGGAGUACCUUAGAUGAGCAGUCUUUAUUUUCAUCAAUGAAUGUUGAUCCAUCUCUUAUUAGUACAGAUUCAUUAGAUAUGGAACAAUUACGUGCCAGAUGUGAGACGAAUAAAAAUGAUUACAAAUUGACAUUUGAAGAUAGUGGACAAUGGACGCAAUCAGGAUUAUUUUCAUCACCAAGUAAAAAUACAACCGGCACAAGUGGUUCAACUAAUAGCAAUAAUGUAAUGACAACAUGGGGUAGAUUAAGAGAUCCCAAUGAAGAUGAUAGAAGUGGUGGCUGUGAUAAGGUAUAUGGAGAAAAAACUAGUAGUAUGCCAACUCUAACUACUCAACAAAGAGAUGUAACAUUAUCGCCUUGUGGUGGUAUCACUAUUAAUCAACAACAAAGGCCAACCAGUUUAUUAGCUAAUUUUGUGGAACGAAGUGAUAAAGGUUCACAGAGUAAAAGUGACUUUGACUAUCAUCAACCUCUUUUUAUGGGUCCAGGUCGAUUUUUUGAUGUUAAUGAUAAUGAAGUCACUUUUAAUGGAACAAAACAUAAUGGAACUAUAAUUGAUAAUGGUAAUGAUAGAUGGCAAAAUAGGCAAAUUAUUAAUUCGGGUAAUGGUGCUCGUAUUUCUAAUGUUAUUGCUCCAUCUAAACCUAAAAGAACUUUUGCUGAUUUAAGUAGUAAAAAUGAAACAUCAAUAUGUAAAGAUUCCAUUGCACCAGAAUUAAAAUUUCUUGCUCUCCAUCAUGAAGUUCCAAAUUUUUGUCAGACCUCAAUAUCAUUUGGUGAGAUAUUAAAAAAAGCGAAAGCAGGAAUCCUCUAUGAUUGUGAGGACAAGCUAGAAUAUUCGGAUUUAAAUAUUUAUGAUAAUAAAAAGACACCAGAUUCUGGGUUAGGAACUUCUACCGGUCCAACACAUAUUGAAGAUUGGCCAUCAUUAGCAGUGCUUCUACCAAAGCAUGUUGUUGAUGCAUGUUCAUUUUUCAAAUCAAACACUUCUUUAUUAACAGGAUCUCCAUCAUCAUCCAAUUCAUCCGGUCUCAAUUGUCAACAAAAUAAUAUUGAAGCAAAGAAAGUUCAAAGAAUAGGAAGUCAUAUGAAUGAAGGAAAUCCUUUAUUUGUAGGAUCAAAAUUACGUCUUCAUCCACAUCAAUGGAGUAAAUGUUUUAAAAACUGUAAUAUAAUUUGUGAGUGUAAAGAUAUUAACACAACUUCAGAAUACAUUUUGGAUGAAAAUAUGAUUAAUAAAGAGAAAAAAUUAAUGGCAUCUACUCAUAAAAUGAAGUUACAUGCUCAUGAAAUAUCAAUUAUUGGUCUUCCAAUAUAUGAUAUAAAAAGAAAACUGGUGGAAAAUGUUGUUGAGGGUGUUGCUGAAAUUGUUAGAAAUAAUUCAAAAGAAUUACUUUGUAAGGCAAUAAUUGAUCUUUUAAAUGAUGGUAUCGAAAAUGGAAAUGAUGUAUGGCGAAUUAUAACUAAACUAACAGCUUCAGGGCGAGCAACGAAUAAGAUAUACGAUGUAAUGAUUGAAUUAAACAAUUCUCCUAGAUCUAUAGAAUCAAAAGUGAAAGAUUUUGUUUGUGCCUUGAUAUCUUUGAGAUCUCUUGAUGGAUGGCUUAGUUAUAUUGUUUUGAAAGAUAAUGUCUUAACAAAACUUUAUAAUAAUAAUGCAUUUUUGGUUAAAGCUAACACAGCAUAUAGAUCUUUAUUUUGGAGAUUAAUUGAAUCUGUCGAAUGGUUAUCUGUCAUUGAUGCUAAACAAGAAAGUAGAAAAUUUUCUACUAGUUUUUGUUCUGAUUCUUUUAUCAAUAAAACUGGACCUUCAAAACUUCCUUCUGAUAGUAGAGUACCAAAAAGUUCAUCAGUUCCCUCACGUUUAAUUGUUGAAAAUAUUGAAAUUAUUGAGGAAAAAAAUAAAGAGGAAGAUAAUAAUUUUGAUAAUGCAUCAAUGACAGCUACACAUGUUAUACGUACAAAUGAGGAAAAUGAUGGAAGUACUAUAUUAAAAAGAACAAGAAUUCCUAUUUUAUUGCCUCGACCACGUCGUACAUUAUCAUGUGCAGCAAAAAUGAUUAGUGACCAUAAUAUGGAUAAUUAUGGUACAAUAUAUAAUAACCAACAAACAGCAUACGUAUUAGAAGAUGUAAAUGAAGAUGGUAUGUUACCAGUUUUUAAUGGCGAAAGAGUUCGUGUUCUUUCUACAAGAGGAAUGUUUUCUCGAUGUUGUUUAAUAAGACCAGCUCAUGGAAGAAUAAUGAAUGGUAUCGUCUUAACAAGAAAUUUAAAUCUAUGUUAA